AUGAAAAGAAACGGUGGUGGUACGGAUUCAGAGAGGGUGGUCGUUAAACCUAGAAAAAACAAUGAUUCCAUUCAGCAGGUGGACAGCGUGGUACAGGUAGACCCGAGUCAGCAGGCACAGGCGAUGAUCAUUGCUAAUAUUGGAAAUAAUAAUGGAGUGAUUACUAAUAUUGAUGAAGGAAUUAUGUCUCAUAAAGAUAAAGAAUCUGCAAAGGAAUAUCCAAUUUGUACGGGACACGUGAAGACACAAAUUAACCUGUUUCAAAGAUCGCCGACAAGUGUUAAGCAAUAUUCAGUGUCUGUCUUCUCUCAACAUGCACAAAUUCCAUCAGUCCAGGAGAACAUGUUAGGCCUCAUACUGUCACAUGUCUCAUUCAAGCAACAGGUCCCACCUGCCUCAUUUCAAUUGUCACAACCGCUAUCCAAUCAACAAAAACAUGUGAUACAUGAGUCUUUAGACUUCAAAGCCAAUCAGAUUCCAGAAUCGGUGCAUGAAGAUAACAGUUUGUUACCAGUAACAUUUAGUGCAACAAAAAUUCCUUAUGAGUUACAGGCAAUUCUGCAGUUCAAGCAGCCAAGUAUAAAUGUGGUUUCGAGCCAGAAAGGGAACAAUGUGAAAAAUACAAGUGUGCAUAAACAAUUAAGAAGAACUCAGGUAGGAAAAAAUAGUGACUCGAUGAUUUCUGGAGUUGGAAAUAACUCUAACAGUGCUACAACUAGUAAUGACCAAAAGGAGAAGGGAGAAUAA